UCUACAUUCAAAGCUUAUCUCUCUCGGUGUGUUGUGCAGGCUGCAGCCUGUGUAGAUUAUUUUUGAAUAGAUCAAGAACAGAAGAGAGAGAGGUUUUGCUUUGCCUGUUGAAAAGUCGUCGCCGGCACCCGAAACUCAACGUAUCAAAUGUGCCAGAACCGAAACGCCUCGGGAAUCUGUCGGCGUUUUGUUCACGCGCCAAAAUCAGAAGGCCGAUAAAACGCGUUUUCAAUAUUUCAACGCUACUGGUCCAGGAAAUUCUGCAGAGACACGAAGUAGCUCUCCAUCUAUCUAUUUAGUCCAAAAUCUCAAAUUUAGCCUUUUCGCGUUCGAGCUGUAGUUCCAAUAAGCUUCAUCUAGCUGUAACUGUAAGUGGAUCUGUGGGAAAUUCAGCCUUCUUUGCUUCUCCAAGCUUUUCUUCGAAUGGACGAAAAAUGGAAAUUUAGUCGGUUCAGGUUUCGCAUGGCUUUGUUGCUGGUGAUGUUUCUGUUGAGUCAGAAUUUGGACGUUUCUUGGUCUCUUAACGCAGAAGGGUUGGCGCUCUUGAAAUUUCGAGAGGGAGUGGUGGACGAUCCAUAUGGAGCCCUGUCGAACUGGAAUGAUGAUGAUGGAUUCAAUGAUCCGUGUUUGUGGUUUGGCGUCGAGUGCUCGGAGGGAAAAGUUGUGGCCUUGAACCUGAAAGAUCUUUGCAUUGGAGGGCCAUUGGCUCCUGAAAUUGGAAAUCUCAUUCUCAUAAAGUCUAUUAUUUUGCGCAAUAAUUCAUUCUUCGGAAUCAUUCCUGAAGAGAUUGGAAAACUGAAAGAGUUGGAGGAAUUGGACUUGGGCUAUAAUAACUUCAGUGGGCCCCUUCCAUCUGAACUUGGCAAUAACCUAUCUCUGGCUAUCCUUCUACUCGAUAACAACAGCUUUCUAGACACAAUAUCCCCUGAACUCCGUGAGCUUAAUUUUAUUUCUGAACAUCAGAUAGAUGAAAACCAGCUAACACAUGCUUCACAAGGAAUAUCCUGCAACAGAAGAUCCAUUCCAUGGAACAUUGUUGAAGACAGAGACAUAGCUCAUCGAAGUCUUUUAAGACACAGAAAAAUAGAUCAUAGUUCUUCACCAGCACCAGCUUCACCUCAUAGUUCUUCACCAGCACCAGCUCCAGCUCGUAGUUCUUCACCAGCACCAGCUCCAGCWCGUAGUUCUUCACCAGCACCAGCUCCAGCWCGUAGUUCUUCACCAGCACCAGCUCCAGCWCGUAGUUCUUCACCAGCACCAGCUCCAGCWCGUAGUUCUUCACCAGCACCAGCUCCAGCUCGUAGUUCUUCACCAGCACCAGCUCCAGCACGUAGUUCUUCACCAGCACCACCAGGAACACCAGCUCAUAGUUCUCCAUCACCAACAUCCAGUUCUCCACAUUCUUCCUCAGCAAGUUUACCCCCCAACUCAGAUAGAAAAAACCGGGCAUUAGAAAAACAUAAAUUUCUAGUUUUGUCUGCAAUCCCCGGAGCAUCCAUUUUCUUCAUUGUUUCAGUCAUUGCCAUUUUCUACUGUCGGAGCAGUAAGGUGGUUACAGUCAAACCUUGGUCCACAGGCCUGAGUGGACAGCUGCAGAAAGCAUUUGUUACAGGUGUCCCUAAGCUGAAGCGAUCAGAGCUUGAAACAGCUUGUGAAGAUUUCAGUAACAUAAUUGAUUCUUCAAUAGAUGGCACAAUGUACAAAGGCACUCUUUCAAGUGGAGUUGAAAUAGCAGUGACAUCUAUUGCAGCGACAUCUGCCAGGGACUGGUCCAAGAAUUUUGAAGAACAGUUUUGGAAAAAGAUAGACACAUUAUCAAAAGUGAACCACAAGAAUUUUGUUAACCUUCUUGGAUAUUGCGAGGAAGAGGAGCCUUUCACAAGGAUGAUGGUUUUUGAGUAUGCUCCAAAUGGAACACUUUUUGAGCAUAUACAUGUUAAAGAGGCAGAGCGCUUGGACUGGGGAAUACGUCUGCGGAUUGCUAUGGGAAUGGCAUACUGCCUUGAGCACAUGCACCAACUGACCCCACCUGUGAUCCAUAAGAACCUGCACUCAUCCAUUGUAUAUCUGACUGAAGACUAUGCAGCCAAAAUCUCAAAUUUCAAUUUUUGGAAUGAGGCAACUGCUUCCAAGAUGGGACCCACGACCAUGGAACUCCCGGAUAUGCCAUCUGGUCCAGAGAGUAACAUAUACAGCUUCGGUGUUAUAUUAUUGGAGAUGGUAACAGGUAGACUCCCAUACUCAGUGGACAAUGGCCCACUUAUUGACUGGGCAUUUAGAGGGGAGAAGUCCCUUAAAGAAAUAGUAGAUCCAACUCUGAAAGCUUUCCAAGAAGAGGAACUCAAGAAACUGUUAGAGGUUAUAAGAUCUUGUGUUCAUCCUGACCCAAAGCAGAGACCAACAAUGAGAGAGGUUACUGCUCGAUUGAGAGAAAUUACAGCAAUGGGACCUGAUGGAGCAACACCUAAACUAUCUCCUCUUUGGUGGGCAGAGCUUGAGAUUGCGUCAACAGAAGCAAGCUAAGAUAUGGAAAAUGAAUUUAUCGUGAAGUAUAAAAGUACUUACUUUUUUUUGUUGGCACACAAAAUCGGUUUGUUUGUAGAUUGGUAUGUUGUAUCUAAUCUUAGGCAAUGGAAUGAUCUUUGUAUAUAACAGAGGUAAGCCUGUAUUUUCCUUAACUAUUUUAUAUUGUGAAGAAGUUGAAUGUGAAAAUCACAAUGAUAGUGAAAUCAAAAUAAAAAGAAGAGUUCCAUUUUCAA